AUGUCAACAAAAAAGAAUUAUGAUCAAGAUAUAUUUUAUAAUGUAAUUGAUAUUGGUCUUCGUAUGUAUGGUAAUGGAUAUCCUUAUCCAUCACAUACUGUUAAUUAUAUUACUGAAUAUUGUCGUCAACAACUUCGUCAUUAUUUUAUUGAACAUAAUCAAUCGAUAAUAACAAAUCAGAAUAAUAAUAAUAAUAUAUUAUCAUAUCUUAGUACACUUAUAUAUACUUCACGUCAUAAAAAAUCUCGUCUUAAACGACUUGAACAAUUUGUUCAAGCAAAAGAUCGAUCAACAUUACAACAAGAGAAAUUAGUUGAAAAUAUUGGAAAAGAUAAUAAAACAACAAUUGCUGUUAAAUUUAAACGAAUAUGUCGUCAAACACAAAUUUAUAUUAAUGAUAAUCACAAUAAAUCAACACCACCAAUAUUAGAUCGUCAACGUUCUCGUCAAUAUACUCGUCUUGAUGUUUAUUACAAAAGUGAUGCAUUAACACCAGAUGCUUAUUUAUCAUUUGUUGAACAACAACAUAUUUCUUUCAAUAAUCUUCGUUCAUUAUCAUCAAUUGAUAUUCAACAUUGGCUUAAAUUAAAUAAUUUAAUUUCAUCAAAAAAAUUUUCACCAAAUCAAGAUCUUCGUUUAGCAGAAAUAUGUUUAUUUCUUAUUAAAGAAAUUCUUCUUAAUCUAAUGGAUAAAGUUUAUUAUUCAUCUAUUCGAUGUGAUAUUCAUGAUAUACUUCGUCGUCAACAUGUACAUAAUACUCGUCGUUUACCAUUUUCAGGACGAAAACGAAAAAUUUAUUAA